CUCACGAAAAACUUACCAAGGAUUGUGUUUGCUGAUUUUCUCUGUCCUGCUUUACCAACCGGAUUCAGGAUAUUUUUUGCGGAACUGAAAAACAUGCGAAACAAAGAUACUGAUUUCUUUUUCGAUGAAAUUUUAUGCUUGUCAUAUGAUUCCGUAUUGGCUCUGAUCCACUCUUUAUUUUUUGUCUAUAAUUUGCUUUGUUUUGUUAUGCCCGAAAGCAAAUAUUGUUUACAAUUCCUAAAAAGAAGCGAAAAGAGUCAAAUAUUGUUAUUGCAUUUAAUGAAUUCCUAUUGGUUGAUUGAACUUGAUUCCACGGAAUAAGUACAAAACCCACUCUAAUACAAGUUAAGUCAUGCAUCAGUUGUUAAACCAUAGGUAAAUAGCUUUUAUUUUGCCAUCCCCAAUAUGAUUAAAGUGCAAUUCAUCAAAAUUUGACAUCGAUUUCGACAAUGACGCUCUUGCUCUACAAACUGCUUUUCUGAAAAUACCAAUCUGCCGAAUGCCGAUUGUAGUUUUAACCAAUCAGAAUUCAGGAUUGUUCCGAAUUAAUAUAAACUCACAAUCGCAUCAGGAAGUGGGGCAAAACGAAGGACAAAACGAAGUGUACAUGCGGCAAGCUAUAUUUUUCGGCGAAAAUGUCUCUUUUACUGGAAUUUUGCAUUCGUUUUCUUUCUUGUGUUAACGUGUAUGAUGUAGCCGAUAUUAAAUCCAACGUGAUACUUUGAAAAAGCGUUAAAAUGGAUUUGACAGUCGCUAGAUGUACUUUGUUUAUGUUGGUUACAUCUUUUCUCUUUAUAACUACAAAAGGCAAAGGGAAUUCUACAAUUAACUCAACCACAAAUGGCACUAUUAGUUAUACUACAUCAUCAUCAUCUAGAUCUAUGCCUCCUAUAAAUGCCACAAGUACAAAGACUUCUACAUCUUCUGGUACCAGUAGCAUUGUCAGUUCUACGGCCUAUUUCCCAUCAAAAUCGCAGUUUCCACCAUCUAGCUCAGUGACCCCUACACAGACAUCCAAACAUAGUCAAUACUCAACCAGCCCUGUGGUCAGCAGUACUUCCACUGUGGCCAGCAGUACUUCCAGUAGUUCAUCAAUGGUUCCACCAACAUCCAAUGGCAAUAAUGAUGAAACGACUGUUAUUAUUCUAGCUGUUAUUGCAGCAAUUGCUGCUGCUGUUGCUUUGGUGUUUUUAUUUUUGUACUUAAGGACAUCGCGGCAAUGUUAUGAUCGCUUACAUCGUUCUAGCAGUCAUUCAAGUGCUAAUUUUACAAGUGUCAACCCAAUAGCAGCAGCAGCACCCAUUAGAAUCAGACUGGCAAGUUUGUCAAGUAUUAGGAGACAAGCAAUAUGUAAAAGUGAACCAUUCCCCAUUGGGGAAUUCAAUGAUCACGUCAAACGUCUGCACGCCGACUCUGACUACCUUUUCUCACUGGAAUAUGAGUGUGUUGGUGGCAAAAAGUACUUAAAUGAGGUGGACAAGAAACAAGAACUUGUUUCUCACGAGGGAGGAAAAGUUAAGAACAAGGCGAAGAAUCGCUAUUCAGAUAUUUUACCAUAUGACCACACUCGAAUUGUGCUGACUGAGAUAGAAGAUGAUCCUGAUUCAAUUUACAUAAAUGCCAAUUAUGUUGACAGUUAUCGAAAACCACAAGCGUACAUUGCUGCCCAAGGUCCAUUAACGUCAAGUCUGGAAGAUUUUUGGCGGAUGAUUUGGGAGAACGAUGUUCGUGUUGUUGUUAUGGUUACAAAUUUAUUUGAAAGAACAAAACCAAAAUGCGUGCAAUAUUGGCCAAAUAAAGGAUCAGCCAACUAUGGCUUCCUAACAGUCACCAUCCUUAAAGAGGAGAUGUUUGCGUAUUACGUCGUACGCACUUUGUCAGUUGAACCGUCACCCAAUCAGGUUCAUUAUAUUAAGACCAGUGAUAAAAGUAAAUCACGUGUGAUUCAACAGUUCCAUUUUACAGAGUGGCCUGACCACGAUGUUCCAAUCCACCCAGUCGCACUACUUCGCUUUAUAAAACAUUCAAAGUCUGCUAAUUCCUCAGAAUCUGCACCACUAGUUGUGCAUUGCAGUGCUGGUGUGGGACGUUCUGGGGUAUACAUGGUCAUUGACAGCAUGAUUGAGAGAAUCGAAGAUGAUAAAAGUGUGGAUGUUUUUAAUUUUCUCAAUCACAUUCGUACACAGAGAAUUGCCCUUGUUCAAGAAGAAAGACAAUAUGUUUUCGUUCAUGAUUGUAUCAUGGAGCACAUCAACUUCGGAGAUGCAAUUAACAUACCAAUUAGAGAGUUUCAUAAACGUCUCGAAGCUUUAAAGGCAGUCAAUCCUGUUACCAAGAAAAGUCGAAUGAAAGAAGAGUAUGAGGAUAUUGACAGAAUAAAACAUCCAGAUAAGCAUAAAUGGGCUGGGAAAAAGAAUUCCAAUGUUCAGAAGAACAGACGGACGGACCUUCUACCUGUCGAAAGAACCAGAGUGAAGCUUCCACCCAUUCUGGGAAUUGAUGGAUCGGAUUAUAUUAAUGCUAGUUACAUUGAUGGUUUUCGUAGGAAACGUGAGUUCAUUGCAACACAGGCUCCCAUGUUGAGAACGGCUGAGUGCUUCUACCGGAUGAUAUAUUCCACAAAAUGUAGCAUCGUUGUGAUGAUAAUAAAUGACGAACGAUGGCAAAAGGAGGAUUAUGCUGAUCUUCCUACAGAAGAUGAACCUGUCACGUGCGGAAAAUUUGAAAUACAGUUGGAAUCCCAAGAUGUCGUUGGGAAAGUCACUGUUCGUAAACUCAGGUUAUUUUCAUCUGAAGCAAGCGAUGGUCAUACUAUAAUGCAUUAUCAUUAUCGUGAUUGGCCAUCCAGAGGUUUCCCAGAAGAUAAGACGUCUUUCUUAAAUUUCAUCGAGCAAGUGAGAGAACACAGGCUGGCGGAGAGUUGUAAACUUCCUAUAACGGUUCACUGCGAUUAUGGUGUUGGUCCCACCGGAGUGUUUUGCUUGAUUAGUUCUCUGUACGAUCAAAUUGACAGAGAAGAGAGUGUGAACGUUUUUCAUGCCGCUAAGCUGUUUCGCAUUCAACGACCAAAACUCAUUGAAACUGAAGAAAUGUAUUCGUUUUGUUAUGAACUGCUUGAUCAAGUUAUCGCAAGAAAAUGUAUCUCCAUGUCCAGUUAUUCAGACGAUGAUGAACCCAGCUCACCAUCGGAAACCUUAUUAGAAAACAAGAACGCGUUACUUCAUACUGCCAGGGAUGUUGAUAGCAAUCAUUCCCCAGAAUUUAAUGGUUCAGUUGUGGUUGACACGUCACAUGCGGACAGGAAAAGCCCAGCUGCAGACAACGAGGCAAGCGAGAAGGCAAUCCUGGAUGGAAAUAAGGUUAGUUCAAUUGCGAAACAAAACAACAAUACGGGCAUUGAGAAUCCGAUGGUAGGACGGGACAGCGCGAACCUAGGCGAGGACAACCAAGCCUCAGGUGAUUGUCUGGAUACGGAUAUCUCUAACACAAAUCAUGACAGCGUUGAUAGCGUCCCAGAAACCUCAAAAACAGACAGUUCUAGCAUGUCAGAUGCGGAACAAGCAACUACAUCGAGCAGUCGUCAAGCAUUGCUUUAAUCCUCUGAUUUAUCAACUUAUUCAUAAAUUAACCAUUAUAAACUAUUGAUAGCUAUGACCAUGCAAGCCUAACCACGCCGUACCAUAGUUGUACCAUGCAUAGAUGAUCUCAAAGAUGAUCAAAUCAUACUGACUAUAUACUUAUACACAUAUUGUUCAUAAUAACUUAAAUAUUACCUAACAAGUCCUGGAAUGCAACUUUAACAACAUUGAAAGCUGAUAAUAGAUCUCUAACAGCUGAAAACAGAAGAGAGAAACAUCACCGUUACGUUGGCGUAAGCACAAUGCAAUGUCCGCUGACGAUUUAAUAGCGUUAUGCACACCAUUCCCACCGGAUACCUAACACGCACACUGUGGGAACUUACUUCAUUAACCAGGCAUUCCAAAUGACAUUAAUCAUGAAGAAACUGGAGCCAUUUUUCAUCAGAGCAGAUCAUAAUAUAUAUUAUGUCAAAAAGUAAAUAUCAAGAGUAAUUUAUUAAUGUAGUGUUUUUAAAAUAGUUUUUUAACGUACCUUUAUAUUGAUGUUAUCAAUUUUGUACAUAUACUAUUGACUUCAAUGACAUACACUAAUAAUUACUCAAAUUUUCUAGGUAUAUGCGUAAUUGUAAGAAAUGUAGUAAA